AUGACGGGAAAUCUCCCAAUCGCGAAUCUCAUCGUGCAAGCUCUAGCCAAGGCAGGCGUCACUCAUGUAUUUGGCGUCCCGGGAGCGAAGAUAGACGGCAUUUUCAAUGCCCUUCGAGACCAUCCAGCCAUCAAACUCAUAGUUUGCCGACAUGAGCAGAAUGCAGCAUUCAUGGCCGCCGCUGUAGGGCGCCUAACUGGUCGUCCGGGAAUUUGCCUAGUUACAUCAGGUCCUGGAACCACCAAUCUCGUCACUGGUCUGGCUACAGCAACGUCUGAGGGCGAUCCAGUCGUCGCGAUUACUGGUACCGUGUCGCGAACUCAAGGAACCAGACAUACACACCAAAAUUUAGACGUCGCUAAAGUCCUCGAUGGUGUCUGCAAGUCUAUUGUUAAAGUGGUUAUCGAGGACCAGGUUCAUGAAGUUCUCGCCAACGUCUUUCGAGAUGCCCUCGACUUCCCCCAGGGUGCCACGGCGUUGGCCUUGCCAGUAGAUCUGGUCAACAGCAGUGUUGGUGGCCUAGACCAUGCUGUUCAGAGGUUCGAAGCUCCGGUCCAUGGUCCGGCGAGCCCGUCUGCCAUUGCUACCGUCUCCGAAUUACUCUCUUCUGCGCGUCGGCCAGUAGUCUUACUGGGGAUGAGAGCUGCAGACCCCGAGACAGUCGCGGCAACACAACGGCUCGUUUCUGCAUUCAACUUGCCUGUUGUUGAGACAUUUCAGGCUGCCGGCGCUAUUAGCGAGGACCUGCUGCAUUUGUUCUACGGUCGGAUUGGGCUCUUCAGGAAUCAGCCUGGCGACAAACUGCUCUGUCAUGCGGACCUGAUUCUCUCUGUCGGGUAUGAUCCAUAUGAAUAUGACGCUGAGAUGUGGAACACGAAUCCUCAGCGAAAUAAAUUGAUUCAUGUCGACUACCUCAAGUCGAACCUAUGUGCCAACUACGCUCCAACAGUGGAACUAGUCGGUGACAUUGCAACAACAUUGGAUAACCUACGGACAAGUCUCCAACCUACACAAGGUUACUGGGCUGAUGUUCAAGAAACUCUCACGUCGCUUCGAGCAGAGUUGACGAGCUGGCAGGACGCUGCGAGUAAAAAUUCCGAAGGAUUAGUCCAACCACAGCAAUUUGUGUACCUGCUUCGCAAACUUCUUCCAAAUGACACAGUCGUUACAACAGACGUCGGAACGGUCUAUAUCUACAUGAUGCGGUACUUUUAUACAUACAGACCCCGACACCUUCUAUGCUCAAAUGGCCAGCAAACUCUUGGUGUUGGCUUACCCUGGGCCAUUGCCGCAAGCUUUGUGCAGAAGCCGCCGUGUUCGAAGAGGGUUGUCAGUGUCAGUGGAGAUGGCGGAUUCAUGUUUACAUCACAAGAACUGGCGACUGCGGUGCAGAAUGGCUGCAAGAUUACACAUUUCAUCUUGAAUGAUUCUGCGUAUAACAUGGUCGAGUUCCAAGAGGAGGCCAAGUACGGACGAAGCUCUGGCAUCGAGUUGGGUGGCGUCGAUUUUGUCAAGUUUGCGGAAGCGUUUGGGGCUACUGGAUUUCGGGUUACGGACUCAAAGGACCUGGAAGAUACGAUGAAGGCUGCUCUUGAGGUGGAUGGUGUGGCUAUUGUUGAUAUUGCGAUUGACUAUAGCCAUAGUGCGGAUUUGAUGCGUGAGAUUAUCCCUCAGGACUACCACUAA